AUGGUGAUUGGUCAAUCUGGGUUGGAUAAUCCGGGUGAUGGCUACUAUUUAACUACUUUUAAAGAAGAUGAACAAAUUGGGAAAGGUGGUUUUGGUACAGUAAUCAAAGUAAAACACAAAUAUGAUGGUAAUAUCUAUGCGAUUAAACGUGUUGCAAUUAAAGAAAUUGACAACAAGUAUCAAGAUGAAACGCUACGAGAAUUGGUUAGCUUGGCUAAGGUGCGAUCUGACUUUGUGGUCUUAUACUUUAAUUCGUGGUGCGAAGAAAACUACCUAAACAUACAAAUGGAAUACUGUUCCCAAAGUCUAAAUAAUAUUCUCGCAAUCAAACCACAAAUAUUUGGCCGCAAAAAGGGACAGCCCCUCAAUCUGUGCGAGUACUUUGUGUCGUACGAAAUGCUACGCGAGCUCUUAGAAUGUGUCCAGUAUUUGCAUGAAUUGAAUCCACCGAUCAUUCACAGAGAUCUCAAACCCGACAAUAUUUUGAUUGCUGAUAAACCGAGGACAGGUAGGUUUAUAAAGCUCUGUGAUUUCGGGUUGGCUACUAUUCACGAAGCCUCUAUGAGUCACACGAAAAAUGUCGGGACAUUUAGAUACAUGGCGCCAGAAAUGCAUGAUUCAAACUAUACCGAGAAAGCUGAUAUUUAUAGCCUUGGAUUCACUCGCAAAUUAUAG